UUUCUCCUCGUCGCAAAGAGGUGUACGCGCGGAGCGGAGUUGCGGUCUCGCUGAGGGUUCUGGUGCAGCUUUCUUUAGGGCCUUUCUCCGCCCGCUGUCUGCUUCUCUGCUGAAAAGGGUCCUUCAUCUCACAAGGCGUGCGCUGGGUUCUUGUUUCUGCGUUUCUUGCUGCGUUCUUGUUUCUGUGGUGGAUCGUGAAGGGGGCAGAGUCGAUUGGGUUUUCCUUCAGGUCUAAUGCUGAGAAGAUAAAACCAAGUUCACCUAGUGUUGGAUCUCUUUGGAGCUUGGCUGACCAGAGCUGUUCUUGGCUGGAAACCAUGAGGAAACAUUUUCCAUAAAAGCGUCACGCAACCGAAGCAAUGGCAUCAUCAGCUAACUUAGAUACCGGGGCCCAGCUAAUUGUAGAAGAGUGUACCACUAGCUACAGCCUUCCACCUAUGCCAGACAUCAAGGUGGAGCACCAGCUGGACUCCAGCACAGAGGAGGGCCCAUCCCAGAGCGUGGCCAUGGGCAUGAAAUUCAUUUUACCCAAUAGAUUUGAUAUGAACGUCUGCUCGCGAUUUGUGAAGUCUUUGAAUGAGGAGGACAGUAAAAAUAUUCAAGACCAAGUUAACUCUGACCUGGAAGUGGCAUCUGUCCUGUUUAAAGCUGAAUGCAACAUCCGUACUUCUCCUUCACCUGGUAUCCAAGUAAGACAUGUUUAUACUCCAUCAACUACUAAGCAUUUCUCACCAAUAAAGCAGUCAACUACCCUAACUAACAAACAUAGGGGAAAUGAAGUCUCUACAACACCUCUGCUUGUAAAUUCUUUAUCAGUUCACCAGCUGGCUGCUCAGGGAGAAAUGUUGUAUCUGGCCACACGUAUUGAACAGGAAAAUGUAAUCAAUCAUAAGGAUGAAGAAGGAUUUACCCCUCUGAUGUGGGCUGCAGCUCAUGGGCAGAUAGCAGUAGUGGAAUUUCUCCUCCAAAAUGGUGCAGAUCCUCAGAUUCUGGGGAAAGGGCGAGAAAGUGCCCUCUCACUGGCUUGCAGUAAAGGGUACACAGAUAUUGUGAAAAUGCUGCUCGACUGUGGUGUUGAUGUCAAUGAGUAUGACUGGAAUGGAGGUACACCUCUACUGUAUGCAGUGCAUGGGAACCAUGUGAAAUGUGUAAAAAUUCUUCUUGAAAGCGGUGCUGAUCCAACUAUCGAAACAGAUGCUGGCUAUAAUUCCAUGGAUUUGGCUGUAGCCUUGGGCUAUCGGAGUGUUUGAAAGCUGUGAAGUGUCCAUUGUUGUAGAAUCUGGAACUGAAUCCAAAAUAGGACAGUAUUGCACAUGCAGCUUCUACAAGCGGGGCCCUAUGUGUGUGGGGGAGCCAGUAACUUCGGAGAGAUCUAGAUGUAGGACUCCUUCAGGAGCUCAAUCUCAAAAUGCCUAACAGACGUAGUUUCUAAUAAGCCAUUUAUACGUUUUAAAAUUUGCUUGGCAUAUGCCUAUUCAAACCAGAGAACAGAUCAUCAUCCCCAAAAACCAUCUGCCUUCAAACUAUUUAUGUUGUUUUUGAUUAUAUGAGGUGCUUAUUUUCUGAAGGGAUGUAAACUCCUUCUCAGAGUGAAUUAAUUCUUGUCCGUCGGCAUCUGCCAGAAAAAAUAGUACAGACCUUAAAGACUUAAAAAAUUGAACCCUGAUUAACCAGAUUGUUUCUUGGCUUCAGUUCAACAGGUUAUUGAGUCUCAUCUAUUAAAGCUACUUCAAAGUAUCAAGGAAUAAUGGCUGGCUCUUCUGUGGCUGUCAGUUCUUGUCUUAGAGGUUUUGACUCCUUUUUAGGCCUGUAAUCAGUGAAAAGAGAUGUUUGUUUUGUAAGUUUACCUCAAUUCAACUAUUUGUUGGUUUUACUUAAGCCAAGCAUGUCCAACCUGUGGCCUGCCCCAUGCCAUCUUGUCAGUGGCUCUACCAAACAGUGCUACUGUGCUCUAUGUAUCAGCUGUAGUCUCUGUGGAAAUAAACAGGAUGCAUUACUUCUGAAACAACUUACAUAUCUGCAUCCCAAGAUAAUUCCUACUCACCCAGUGUGGCCUAGGCAAGCCAACAGGUUGGACACCCAUGACUUAAGCUUUUAAAUAUGCUUCCUCUUUCAUAGAAAUAUGUGAUGUUAUGCUUUUCUUAAAUAUAUUUUAUAUAACCUUGAAAGAAAAGGUCUGUUGUCAUGCAUGAAAAACUGAAUAAAACCUGUUAACUGUGUAAAUAUUCACACUGAGUGCACUGGAUGGCACAGUGCCAAGUGUUCUUCUUGAUCCUGUCACUGACACAUAUUCACGGGAAGGUGAUUAGAUACUGAGGUAUAUCACCAUAGAAAAUAGAUGUUUUUACUGUUAAUGGUAUUCAAAUGUGUGCCAUGUGUGAUUGUUUUCAAUAUCUUCAGCUAAUAUAAUUGUGUCAACUUCUGUCUUUGUAUGAUUUUUAAGAAGUUAGUAAUAAAUGUAGCAACCUUGGUGGUA